GAUUACGCUAGUAUUUCGUUUGCUGCAUUGGCCUUCUCUAAAACUUGUCUCCUUCUCCACAAUAGCGGCCUUUAGGUUUGCUUCCUUUUACUACGAAGACAGAAAAUAAUUGUUUUGAAAAGUAAUUUCAUUCGUAUCUAUAGGUUUUUUUUACAACGUAUCGCUAUCUUUAUCGAAAAAAUUGACUUGUGUCCACUGCUCAAAAAUGGAAGGGACCUCAAACCUCGACCUCCAGGAGGUUAUGUCCGGAUUCGGAAUGUCAAAGCCGCGUCCCACUUUACUUUUUGCUUUCCUUGUCGUCGGCGGCUUCAUUUGUCAGACGGAAGUCGCGGCGCAUCGAGUUGCGACGAGUGCUGCUUCCUCAUCGUCUCAGAAUGAUGGAAGCACUCGACGAAGAUUUCUCGCGCCGCAGGAUAAUGAAGAAGAACUGACCACGAGAGCUGGUGGUGCAGCAGCAUCUGCAAUGCAAGUGGAUGUUGAGGAAGGUGAACAUGUCUCGCCUGAGCACGACCAAGAAGGAGUCGGACCAAUUUUCGGCCCACGACCCGAGCAGCUUGGAGCGAACUUGUUUGAUGGGGCUCGUAGCGGACCCGGACCAGGCACUUCGAGCGCACGACCAGUGCCCGUCCUGCGAGACCACGAAGGCAGAGGCACUUUACUUGCAGAUGACAUCGAGAUCGACGACGCGCAUAUCAUGGCUCCUUUUGCGGACGAGGUAGCGGACGCAGAGCGAUUCAUCCGGCAAUCGGUAGAUGGUGGGGCCGGUCGUGAUGUAGAUGCGGCCCCCGAAGAUGAUCGGGGUGCAGUUGUGCUUCAUGGCGAAGAAGAUAUAGAAGAUGUUGGCGGGGAGCACCAGCAGGCCGCCACGGCGCAUGAUAGUGAUACGGAACAAGCACCCCACCCAGACCAAGAUGAGGCAGAGGCAAACGCAGAUUCGGACUCAAACGAGACGUCAGAGGACGAAAAUGACGCGCUGCGGCCAGAACGCAGGCCUAAGCCCAGCAGCUGUUCCCGUAUUACAUCUCUCGCUGUGAAGUCCUGCGCUCUCUUCUUCGGCGUGGUUCCUCCUUUCUUCUGCCUUACGACUCUCCGGCCUCAUGCGCGGGUGAUAGAAGCCCGAACCAAAGCCUGGAACAACUUUGCUGCGACACAAGAAGACAAGUUUGAGACGGACGCAUGGUAUCGGAACCAACGAGCCACCCGACACCUUGUUGACUUGCCGCCGACGCCUUUCCGGGUGCGAGGCCAUGAGCACGAUGUAUGGGCGUUGAUUGCUUGGCACCAGCAAAAAGAGCGCGUUUCCCCUUUGCCGACCCCCCACAACAAUGUCGGCGAAAUAACCUUUUCCCUUGCCGGCUCUGGGUAUAUGCACUGCAAAAGUUGUCAUGUUAUCGUGGUCGCUAGUAAAAUUCGCAAGAUGAAUCAGCUGCACAAUAAUCUGAUAUACGAAAAUAUUUAUUUUGAAGAUGGAGAUGCAGAAAAUGAAAAAAAGGCACAUUUGAAUUUGUCAUGCCAGACCCAGCAAUUGAAAUUUUUCGAAUUACUGCGAGACGAGCGAUAUUACUUUUGCACAGAAUGACGUCCGAAAAGUUGCAACUGAUGUUGUUUCGUUUUGCGGACACGGUGCUCAAAGACGACGGAAUCGCGUCGUUGUACGUGUUGCGAAAUACUCAGCUGGAGAUGCGGUCGGUGCUGCAGUCCUGCAUUGACAUUACACAUGUGGAGUACAAAAGGCAAAACGCAGCGAAUUACCCAGACGAACAAAUCUACCAAGACACUUACAAUACCGCGCUGGAAAAAAUGCAAGCUUGCGGAAUUGCGAUACUGAAUGUCAUCGAUGCUGUAGGGUUGCGAAUGCUCCAGUCAAGAGAGGAAGUAGUCCACGCCGCCGGAGGCGGGGAUGGAAAAAUUAAAAGCACUAGUGAACGACGACAAGAACUGAAGUCCAAGAAGCAGCUUUUCACUUUGCUAACGCUCAGUCUGGCGCUCUCGGAACUGGACGCGCUGGAAUUCCCGGCCUCACCGCCGAAAAAUCAAUACGUCUUAUCUGGAGCGCAUGGGCAAACAUAUGCAAGAUGAUUUUAUUACAACCGCCGCACACGUACAAAACCUCCAUGCAUACAGAAAUUUUCGACCUCGAACUCUGUUUUUGAAUAAAAUACGGCGUUUCAAUCAUCGUCUAGGUCUACUUGUUAUGCUGAAUAGCAAACAAAAAUAGUCCUGUUAGGCAGAUCGAUGAGGUGCCACUUGGAACAAGUCAAGUUGUACGUGUGCGGUGAAAGUUUCACUGUGGAUGCAGCGUCCUGGCUGGAAGAAAGCUUUUUCGGUGCUCCAAACCCUGACCGUGUGAAGGAACAAGAGGAGGAACUUGAGCGAAGACGGGACAUAGAAGCACUACACGAUGUUGAGGAGCAACAAGAAACCGCCACCGCGCAGCAGCAUGCUGAACUACCAGGCACCACAGAUACUGAUAUUACAAAAACCAAGCUCACGACGAGUUCGAAGAGGAAGUUCAAGCUGCCGAGCAGGCUAGAGCGAUGGACUGGCAGCGACAUGCUUGUCUGGCUGUUGAGGAGCAACGACCUCACUAUGCUACACCUGUACUCGGCCUUAGAAAAUCUGCAGCACAAGUUUGUCGAGUACUUUCGAUACGUACGGGACGAGGUAAGUGCCGUUGAUCCACCUCGACGGUCGGCAUUGUCCGCGGAUGGGGCCAGUGGAGGAGAUGGAGACCACGACGAAUAUUGCCGGCAACAAGAUCAUACCGAGGUAGAUGCUGAUGGCGUGGUCACCGUCAGAACUGGGGUGCGGAAUCCGAUAGCGUGUCGCUUUUCCCGCUUCGCUCGGUCGUCCGGGUUGUUCCUGACUACAACUGGGGGUUCUAGUGCAACAGAUAUGCUGUCGUCGACAUGGGGAUCCUUUGCUCUUUCAUGGAAGAAUCUGAAUGGCGCCUGGCAGUCAAUGAAAGAGGAGGCUCGGAGGGAGUUGCUCCAGCACACCCUUGGAAUGGGAAGCCGUGUGGCGUCAGUACGGAAUCUUUUGCAAAGACGCAUAUCGGAAAAGGCGUUCCUGGAAGACGCAUCAACUGUCUCCGUCGAUGCCUCGUCGGCAACCGCGACCGCGACGUCAGCUGGCGAUGGAAGUAGUUCAUCUUCCCGCCCCGCGAAUGAAGAUGUGCUGAUCAAACGGCCAGAAGUAGACGAAAACAAACUCACGCAAACCCACUGGACCAGUGGAAUGAAGAUCUCUCCACGCAAUCCUGACGACCUCUUUGCCAUGGAGCUGGAAAAUGAGGAACAAGAUGAUGGUCCUGCUCCUCAUUACAAGAAGGCUUUCGACCUGCUCCGCUUUACCAAAAACGAGCUGCAGCCCCGCCUUAACCGGUUUUUCCGGUUCAGCAAACAUGACCAGGUUGUUAGAAACGGCGAAGCGAAAUUGACGCAAGAGCAAAAGGACCACUACUUCCGGAGGAUCCGCGCCGCGCUCGGAGGAGACGAGGAAAAGGCCCUGCGCCUAUACAAGACAGUGGAAGAGUGGGCCGAGGCGAGAAACCUUUCCGGGAAGGACGAGCUCGCAGCUUUGCGAAAGGAGGGGGUGUAUGCAAAAGAUCUGCUAUUCCUCAACCGUAUCCUGCUUGCCAAUAUCAAAUGCAAAAGUGUCUGGGUCUGGAAGAAUGCAACUUGUGAUGCUGCAUUUGCGUGUCUAAAAAGUUUGUGUUGCAUGAGCAGCAUAAGGAGUCUAAUUUUUGCCACGCGGAGAGGGCAUUUGUCAUGCGGAAUAGGCAUCAAGAAUCCCUCAAAAAAGAAAAACCUGUGAUGCUAGGGCAUGCAUCACAGUCAGACGUCAUGGCUCAUGCAAACCGUGCAUGACAAGUCUCAGAAUCUUCCAGACCCAGACAUUUUUGCAUUUGAUAGCCAACCCGGACGAGUGGGAGGCACAGUUCACUUGCGAGGCGACGAUGGACCGGUGGUGGGCCGCGGGAGUGGAGAAAUCAAAAAGUGCUUCUUCUUCACGAGUAGAAGAGGACAAGGAGGACACGACCGAGGGCGAGCUUCUCGACGUAGUGCACAAAUUGGAGCGUCUUUAUCUGCUGUCACCUUCCUCAUCUGCUGGUACCGACAUCACUGGCAGGAGCGCCGUCGGAAGCAGCAGCACUGGUCGUGCCCCCCGCGGCGCGCCGACAUCAGCACAAGAGCGACGUAGUGCUGAUGUGGCAGCAGAUGAUUUUGAUUCAGAAGCACGUCGGACACAAAAAGAACAAGAAGUGCCUGCUGUUCGUGUUCUUUCAUCGUUGCUGGAAGAAGAUGUUGAAGAUGCUACAGCUCAUCGUCCCGAGAGAAAAGCCGCGCUGCUCGUACGGAACUUGCUCCAAAAAUCUACUCGGUCUCGUCCGACGGGGGCCGAUGCUGAGCGACAAAGGAUUCAUCUCCCGGGUGGAGGAUCGCAGCAAAUUAUAAGCGAUCCGAGUAUUGCAACAAGAACAACGCUGACCACACCUUCAUCCUCAGCGGGAACUUUUGCUUUGAACAAGAAGAGCACUUCGGACCUCCAGUACGAGGAGAUGGUCCGUAUUGGAAAGGACUACGUAAACGCAAACCUCAACGGGCAUCACAACAGGUGGUCCGAGGCCUUGCGAUUCGCCUGGCUAAUCCAGCAGGGAGGUGCAGUGAUUGACGUUGAUCUCCUACGAUUUCUGUCCUGGUUGGAGGACCUCAUUCGUUUGAUAAACAGAGAUACAAAACAGAAGGACGGACGAGUAACAGACCGAGAAAAAGUUUUCAAGGUUUUCGAGGAGUUUGAGGAGGAGCAGUGCCAGGCGAACUUGGUGGAGCUAGGAAAAGCAUUGGCUUCUCAGGCGGAGAAAUUUCUUCAGGAUAGUUUACGCAUUUUUGCAAAAGUCCCUCGCCCGGAUGAACAAUUGUGUUUGUUGAGGCACGGAAAUACCGAAUGUGCAUAUACUUCUAGCACACACAUAAUCAUGCCCGACUGGUUUUGCAGAUAAAAUAAAACAAGAAGAUGAGAUCUGCGUUUGUCAACAUUUUGUACCAGCACAAACCCAAUGGGUAUGAUCGGGCGAUUGCGAUGCUUUUGCACGGGAUAGGAGUCAGAAGAUACCGACUUGCUGUCGUCUACGUGUGCGGCCGCGGACGCAGAGUUUGGUGACCAGCCAGAGCAGGACCCCAGUGCCGGCGCAGCAGCAUCAUCAAGCGGGCAAAGAUCAACAAGAUGCGAAAGGGACGCAGGAACAACUACACUUGAGCAGGACUUGCUGAUGAUUUCAGAAGAAGGCCAAAAUCCGUGGCUUCCAUUGUUGGACUUGGCAGCUAGAGCACGUGCCGCUGCCAUGCUGGGAAAAACAAAGACGCGCGUCGGCGUCGAUCUUCAGCAUGAAGACAGAAAAGCACAGGAGAAACAAAAAAAAGGAGACCUACUCCGAAGAGGACGAGAUCGAGAUGAUGGAAUAUUAAAAGUAGCACGUGCACCAGAACCACUCCAGUCAAACGCAAAGCACGAGUUUCUGAAGCGUUUCGUGGAAAGGUUGAACUCCCUUAACUCCGAGGUGAUCUCAGCAAUAAUUGGAAAAGGACACGAAGAGGUGGUGUUCGGCGCACAGAAGCACACCCACGCCGCGGACCAUUUGCUCACGCAAAGCAAAAGCUUUGCCGCGCUCUCAGGCGACGAAGUUUCUACUUCCGGGACCAUCACCAGCUCCUGGGCCCACAGUCCCCCGAAGGUCGUCAAAGAGGUAAUCUUACCACUACAAUUGCGGCUGUGGACCAUCCUCAGGGACGCGCUGGACAACUGGGAGAGUGAGUUUCUGCAGGAGGAGUGGAAACAAUUCGUAAACCAGGUUGCAUACCCAUUGGAACAAAAAAAUAGUAGUACCGGGCGCGGCUGCGAAGGCUUACUACAAUUUUUAUGGGAUCACAUUGGCAUGACAAGAUGACUCCUUUCCUACCUUAUGCAACAACAACAUCAAAGGAUUGUCCAUCUUUUAGCUAUGCUGAAAUUUGAAUUUGUAGUGUUGCAACAUGUUGUAGUACCUGUACUGGUUUGUACGGGUAGUGCGCCACCCGGUAUUUUUAACACUUGCUUUUUAUGUUGCAUACUGCUAGACCGCUCUUGGUGUCCUUCGCCGCACAGGACCAGACCGCGAGAAGAUUUCGCCUGCUCGAAGACGCGCGGGAGGUUAAGGUGGAGGAGUCUCGACGUUCGUCGAAUGGGAAUAAUGCUAACGCAGCUGCCCACGAGGCCGAGCAACAGGAACAACAAUCUGAUGAGGAUUCUGACAACUACACAAGCCUGCAGCAAGUGACCAACUACAAAACCGCCAGCGUAGCGGACUUCUGGCUGGCACCCUGGGCGACCGGCGCAGACGUUGGCGCUGCGGUUGCGCAAAUGCAGUAAGUGAAAUAACUGUGGUACUCGGUAACUAUGGUAUGGUCAUCGGUCGUCUGCUCUUCUUAGUUUCCAUUUUGUUGUUGAAACCCAAUUUGGUGAAAAUUACUCAUAGCGUAGCCGUCGACUGUUUGAGACAAAGGAAAAUGCGGCAUUUUCCUUUGUCUCAAAAGAAGGCAUUGCCUUCGUUGAUUCUAUAUCUAUCCUCACAACGAACACAACCAAACCGCGCGCAUUUCCUUCGCCGUCGGUCGUUCGUGUGUGCUAAUGCGAGUGCUGUGCAAUGUUGCUUUUCAUAUCUACCAAGUGCUCAAGCUGGCGUUAAGUUGCCAAGGUUGUAGGUACAAUCGACGCAAGAAUUUUUAUUUUUGUUGGAAGAGCUCCAUCGAUCGCGAUCGUGUGGUCGGGGGACUCUUCAUGGACGAGGUGUUAGAGUUUCAAGCAGCUACAAUCUAAUCUCUCAGUCUCACACGACUUUCAUGAAGAACUGAUCGAUGAAAAUGCAAACACAAGAAAAUCAAAGCUUUUGUCGUAGCCCCGCAAGAGCAAACAGAGCGCAUCACAACUGGAGGGGUUGAAACGUUUUGUUGUGCUGAAAGAAAAGAAAAAUUUACAUUUGCAAGAUUUUAAACUUUUUCAGUGGCUCCUAGGGUGGCCAGCUUAUCACGUGUAAGAUAAAUGUUUAUGAUGAUCUGAAAAGCUGCAAAGGGGACUUGCUUCUACAAGUACAGCCCAGCAAAAAAACGAAGCACCAGCGCGAUGUAGAGGCUAGAAGAUGAAAUGCCUUCUCAGGAUCACCUUGCGUGAGUUCUCGUCCUCUUGUGCAACAAAACGAAAAC